ACAAAAGGAGAAGAUGUUUGUGCUGCUGAUGAUGAGCGACCGUGACGCCAUGGGCAACGCGGAGAGCCAGAGCGUGGAGCACGCCUUCUACGGGGACAAGCAGCCGGGGCUGGGCCGCAAGCACACGUCGCGCUCGCUGCGCCUCUCGGGCAAGGCCUCGCGCCGCACGCGCCACGCCUCCUCGGGCAAGAUCAUCCACCGCAACUCGGAGGUGAGCACGCGCUCCAGCAGCACGCCCAGCAUCCCGCAGUCGCUGGCCGAGAACGGCCUGGAGCCCUUCGCCGCCGAGGCCAACCUGGAGGACUUCGGCAGCGCCAUGUGGGUGGAGCGCGUGGACAUGGGGCUGCGGCCCGUGUCCUACCACACGGACUCGUCGGUGACGCCCAGCGUGGACAGCAGCACGGUGCUGACGGCCGCCUCCGUGCACAGCAUGCCCGACUCGGAGGAGAGCCGGCUCUACGGGGACGAGCCGCCCUUCCUGGCCGAGGGCGCCGGGCGGGCGCUGCGCUACGCGGGCAACGGCUCCGCCUUCGCGGACGCGGCCGGCUUCAAGAAGAAGCGCUCCAAGUCGGCCGACAUCUGGCGCGAGGACAGCCUGGAGUUCUCGCUGUCCGACCUCAGCCAGGAGCACUUGACCAGCAACGAGGAGAUCCUGGGCCUGGCCGAGGAGAAGGAGGCCGAGGCCGCGCAGGGCCCGCAGGCCGGCGGCAGCCCCCAGCCCCUGGCCGCCUGCCAGCGCGCCAACUCCAUGAGUGACCUGUACUCCCCCAAAACCCCCGGCGCCGCCGUCAACGGGGGCCCCCGCAACGCCUUCGGAGGGUACUGCCGGAACCUGGUGUCCGACAUCCCGGAGCUCGGGAGCCACAAGAUGGCUUCGGUGGCCGCCGAGGACGCGCCCUCCUCCUACAGUAACUACAACACGCUGCCCUGCAGGAAGUCCCACUGCCUCUCCGAAGGGGCCUCCAACCCCCAGAUGAGCCAUAGCAGCAGCAUGCAAGGCAGGAGGGCGAAAACCACCCAGGACGUCAACGCGGGCGAGGGCAGCGAGUUCACGGACAGCGGCAUCGAGGGCGCUGCCACGGACACGGAGCUGCUGUCGCGGCGCUCCAACGCCACCACGGCCAGCUACUCGCCGCCCGCCGGCCGCGCCUUCGUGGGCAGCGACAGCGGCAGCAGCUCGGCGGGCGACGGGCUGCGCCAGGGCGUCUACGAGAACUUCCGCCGCGAGCUGGAGAUGAGCACGGCCAACAGCGAGCACCUGGAGGAGGCGGGCUCGGCCCUGAGCGACGAGCAGAGCAGCGGCACGCUCAGCUCCCCCGGGCAGUCCGACAUCCUGCUGAGCGCCGCGCAGGGCACCGUGCGCAAGGCCGGCGCCCUGGCCGUCAAAAACUUCCUGGUGCACAAGAAGAACAAGAAGGUGGAGUCGGCCACGCGCAGGAAGUGGAAGCACUACUGGGUGUCGCUGAAAGGCUGCACGUUGUUCUUCUACGAGACGGACGGCAGGUCUGGCAUCGACCACAACAGCAUCCCCAAGCACGCCGUCUGGGUGGAGAACAGCAUCGUGCAGGCCGUGCCCGAGCACCCCAAGAAGGACUUCGUCUUCUGCCUCAGCAACUCCCUUGGCGACGCUUUCCUCUUCCAGACGUGCAGCCAGACGGAGCUGGAGAACUGGAUCACGGCGAUCCACUCGGCCUGCGCCACCGCCGUGGCACGGCAGCACCACAAGGAGGACACGCUCAAGCUGCUCAAGACUGAGAUCAAAAAGCUGGAGCAGAAGAUCGACAUGGACGAGAAGAUGAAGAAAAUGGGGGAAAUGCAGCUGUCCUCCGUGACAGACUCCAAGAAGAAGAAGACCAUACUGGAUCAGAUCUUCGUGUGGGAGCAGAACCUGGAGCAGUUCCAGAUGGACCUGUUCCGGUACCGCUGUUACCUGGCCAGCCUGCAGGGCGGGGAGCUGCCCAACCCCAAGCGCCUGCUGGCCUUCGCCAGCCGCCCCACCAAGGUGGCCAUGGGCCGCCUGGGCAUCUUCUCCGUGUCCUCCUUCCACGCCCUGGUGGCGGCGCGCACCGGGGAGUCGGGAGUGAGGAGGAGGACACAGGCCAUGUCCAGGUCUGCCAGCAAGAGGAGGAGCAGGUUUUCUUCUCUCUGGGGGCUGGACACUACCUCGAAGAAGAAGCAGGGGAGGCCCAGCAUUAACCAGGUGUUUGGAGAAGGAGUGGAUUCAGUGAAGAAAUCUCUCGAAGGGAUCUUUGAUGACACAGUCCCGGAUGGCAAGAGGGAGAAAGAAGUGGCCCUGAGCAGCGUCCACCAGCACAACCCCGACUGUGACAUUUGGGUCCACGAGUACUUCACGCCCUCGUGGUUCUGCCUGCCCAACAACCAGCCUGCCCUGACAGUCAUCCGGCCUGGGGACACCUCCAGGGACGUGCUGGAGAUGAUCUGCAAGACACACCAGCUGGACUGCUCCGCUCACUACCUGCGCCUGAAGUUCCUGCUGGACAACCAGAUCCACUUCUACGUGCCAAAGCCAGAGGAGGAGAUCUAUGAGCUGCUGUACAAGGAAAUAGAAAUCUGUCAGAAAAUUACCCAGCACAUUCAGAUGGAGAAGUCUGAUGCAUCCUCUGAUAUUUAUGGUUUCUCUCUGUCCUCGGUGGAAGAGGAGGGGGUUCGCCGGCUCUACGUGAACGGCGUCAAGGAGACGGGCCUGGCUUUCAAGAAAGGCCUGAAGGCUGGCGACGAGGUGCUGCAGAUCAACCAGCGAGCUGCGGAGGAGCUGGACUCGGCGCUGCUGAAGGACGCGCUGCUGCAGCCCUCGCUGAGCCUCACCGUGCGCACCCACCCCGAGCCCGAGGAGCCCCAGAGGCUGGGCCAGCCCCCGCGGCGCCCAGAGAACCCCCCGGAGCCCGGGGACGGCGCCCUGCCCUUCCCUGGGGGCAGCCAAGGGCACUCCCUCUGCAGUGACCCCGACAGCUCAGCUGAGGCAGCCCCGGAGGAGGCGGAAGCGCAGGACCUGGAGUCGUCCGACGAGGCCGAGAAGAUGAGCAAGAGCACAGAGCAGGUCGCAGCUUUCUGUCGCAGCCUGCAUGAAAUGAACCCCUCUGACUGCAGUGCUCCCCCCCAGGACUGUGCAGGGCCCCAGCUGAGCACCAUGAGGCAGCUCACGGACGCAGACAAGCUGAGGAAGGUCAUCUGUGAGCUCCUGGAGACCGAGCGCACCUACGUCAAGGAUUUAAAUUGUCUGAUGGAGAGAUACCUGAAGCCUCUACAGAAAGAAACCUUCCUCACACCAGAUGAGCUGGAUGUUCUCUUUGGGAACCUGACUGAAAUGGUAGCAUUCCAGGUAGAGUUCCUGAAAACUCUGGAGGAUGGAGUAAGGCUGGUUCCAGACCUGGAAAAGCUUGAAAAAGUUGAGCAAUUUAAGAAAGUGUUGUUCUCCCUGGGUGGAUCCUUCCUGUACUAUGCUGACAGGUUCAAGCUGUACAGUGCCUUCUGUGCCAGCCACACAAAAGUCCCCAAAGUCCUGGUGAAAGCCAAGACAGACACUGCUUUCAAGGCGUUCCUGGACGCCCAGAACCCACGCCGGCAGCACUCCUCCACCCUGGAGUCUUACCUCAUCAAACCCAUCCAGAGGAUACUCAAAUACCCCCUCCUGCUCAAGGAGCUCUUUGCUCUCACUGACGUGGACAGUGAAGAGCAUUAUCACCUUGAUGUGGCCAUCAAAACCAUGAACAAAGUUGCCAGCCACAUUAAUGAAAUGCAGAAAAUCCAUGAAGAAUAUGGGGCAGUGUUUGACCAACUCAUAGCGGAGCAAACAGGGGAGAAAAAAGAGGUGGCCGACCUUUCCAUGGGGGACUUGCUCUUGCAUAACACAGUGAUAUGGCUGAACCCUCCUGCUUCCCUGGGCAAGUGGAAGAAGGAACCUGAGCUGGCAGCCUUCGUGUUCAAAACUGCCGUGGUCCUCGUGUACAAGGAUGGUUCCAAACAGAAGAAGAAACUGGGAGGAUCCCACCGAGCCUCCAUUUAUGAAGACUGGGAUCCGUUCCGGUUCCGCCACAUGAUCCCUCUGGAAGCGCUGCAGGUGCGGGCGCUGGCCAGCGCAGAUGCGGAGACCAAUUCUGUGUGUGAGAUUGUCCACGUCAAAUCUGAGUCUGAGGGCAGGCCAGAAAGGACAUUUCAUCUCUGCUGUAGCUCUCCAGAGCACAGGAAGGACUUUCUGAAGGCAGUGCACUCCAUCCUGCGGGACAAACACAGAAGACAGCUCCUUAAAACCGAAAGUUUGCCCUCCUCCCAGCAAUAUGUUCCUUUUGGUGGAAAAAGAUUGUGUGCUCUAAAAGGUGCAAGGCCAGCCAUGAACAGGGCAGUGUCAGCCCCGAGCAAGUCUCUGGGGAGGAGGAGGCGGCGGCUGGCCCGAAACAGGUUUACCAUUGACUCGGAGGCCGUCCACGGCAGCAGCCCCGAGAAAGAGCCCGCGCAGGGAGGGGACACUGACCGCUGGGUCGAGGAGCAGUUCGACCUGGCGCAGUACGAGGAGCAGGAGGACAUCAAGGAGACCGACAUCCUGAGCGACGACGACGACUUCUGCGAGGCGGCGCGCGGGGCGCAGCGCGAGCUGCGGGAGCGGCUGCAGGCCGCGUCCCUGGCGGGCGGCCGGCGGCCCGAGCGGCCCUGCCCGCCCGGCGACGCGCACGCCGCCAGGAUGGCCCAGCUGAGGAAGCAGGCGGCCCUGCCCGCCAUCAACGGCGAGGCCCACGGCGAGGAGGUCAUCUGGGUGCGGCGGGAGGACUUUGUGCCCGGCGGGAAGCUCAACACCGAGCUCUGAGGCGGCCCCGGCCCCGGCGGUGUCCCCGAAGGCCUCGGUCCCCCCGUGACCCCGCGGAUUGCACACUUGCACACACCGUUGCGGCAGCUCAGCCGGUCCCAAGCCGUGCGGCCACGCUUCAGGCAAAUGUCGAACGCUCAAAAACCGGGAACCGAACGAGCUUGAGGUCCUGCCUUGCGUUAACCAAGGGCUUUCACACUAUUUUAUUUAUUCUAAAACAAUCAGGGGCUGAAAUUGAGCACGGGGAGAAGGUAAUCACUGGAAAACAAAUUACUCUGGGUGUCUUAACCUCUGUGCGGCGAUGGGCUCCGGCAGGAGCGCGAGGACAGAGGGGUUGGUGGCCGUGAAAGCCGGCGGUCGUAGGCUCGUCUCCUUCACGAGGAAACUGCCUUUUUAACCUGUACAGUCGCAGUGUUCUGACUCCCUUUCCCUCUCUAAAUGUAAGAGAAUAUCCAUGUAUUUUAGGAACGUGUGAGGAAAGGUUUGGGAUUUAUGUCGUGUUCAGUCCUCUUGGUCUGUGGCUGGUCUAAUUUAAUGUCAAUGUUGGAAGCUCUAGUUUUACAUACUCUUGUAAAGAUGCCAAACUCUCUUGAAAGAGAUCCAAAUUUAACACUUGAAGAAAUAUUUUUUUGUAUUUUACCUGAGAUGCAGGGGCACAGAGGGGUAAGAGAUUUAGGGUAGCUCCACGUCUAGGAUACGAGGCUAGCUUUUUGCAGAGGGUUAGGAACGGUGGUUUUAUAUUAAAAUAUGAACUGGAAACUCUUAUUUAGGUAUAACUUUCUUCAGGAAAAGGUUUAUUGUAUAUGUUUGAGACUGGAGUUUAGUUAGGUAAUAAAAAGAAUAAUAAAUAAAAUGACAUGACUGAAUUGCAGUGGAGCAAAGGGAUCUGUGGUGUGCCCUUGCUGGAGCCACAGAUCCCUUUGCCCCUCUCUCUCUGGCAGAGUUUGGGCUUAGGGGACAAGGAAUUCAUGGCCAAAAAACUGACCUUGCCCACUCUCCUACCGUGGGUGAAACUAGUGUAUUUUAAUUCCUUUGUAAAAGCUUUUCCACUGCAAUAGAGGACGAAAAAGUUCUACACAGGUAAACUUCUUUAACAUUUUAAAUCUUUCAUUUAAACAUCUAAAACAGGGUAAAAUGUGACUAAAAUCUCGUGGUUUUUAAGUAGACUUCCAGAUACGAAACACAAAAUAGCACUUUUUUUUUUUUUUAAAGGAUUUAUAUAGCUUUCCCCAUUGCAGUCUCACCUAUAGGAAGAAAAAAAAAAAAGGAAGAUUAUAUGAAAUUUUGUUUCGUUUUGUUGGUAUCUAUUGAUGUUUGACACAUCACUGGGUACUUUGAGAACCUGAAAUUUUAUAAUAGCCUUAGGAUUAUAUUUUAUAAAAUCCACUCUGACUAUAUUUUAAAACAUAACAAAAAUUAUCCCCUCCCCCCAAAACAUCCAUCACUGUCUGUGUGUCCCAGCUGGCAUCCUCCCCUCCCCUCCCUCCCUCCCUCCCCUGGUUUCUGGUGCACUAUACUUGACUUAUGAAAGCUUUCUCUAGUAACUUUUUUGCUAUCUCCUGGUUUCUUUUCGUAAGAGCUUUAGAGGAGUUUCUACCCCCUUUGUAUGAUCACAUGGUUGUUUUUGUACCAUCACCUGUCGGUGUCCCACGUGCUGGAGGGUUUGGCUGUCCUGGGCUGCUCCCAGAGCAUGCAGCCAGCACUCAAAUACUGGAAGGCUGGUACUGGGAAGGUACCGUGGCUCUUGUACAUAACGUCAUGACAUGUCUAUGUCAAAGGUUCUUAUAUAUUUCUUUUAUAAGCUGAAAGAAGGUCUAUUUUUAUGUUUUUAGUUCUAUGAAUGGAACGUUGUAAAUGCCUGUCGGAAAUAAAAUACUGGAGGAAAAAAAAAAAA